UAUGUUCUUAUAUAAUAACAAUGCGUUAUUUUAUGCAGAUAUUUAUAAUCUUUUUUACAGUGUGCCAAUUUUGUUCUGCUUUGACUGUCAAAAGAUAUAUGCACUAUGGUGCUUCUGGCUGCUGCAAUAUGUACAAAGAAUGGAAGAUGCAUCAUAUCUCGGCAGUUUGUUGAAAUGACACGAUCUCGUAUUGAAGGAUUACUUGCUGCAUUUCCUAAGCUUAUGAACACAGGCAACCAACACACUUUUGUGGAGACGGAAUCAGUCCGAUAUGUCUACCAACCAUUAGAGAAAAUGUACAUGGUGCUCAUUACAACCAAGAACAGUAAUAUACUUGAAGAUUUGGAGACACUGAGACUUUUUUCAAGAGUUAUUCCUGAAUAUUGCCGAGUUAUCGAUGAAACCGACAUCCAGGAGCAUGCAUUCGAUCUUAUAUUCGCAUUCGAUGAGGUGGUUGCUCUCGGUUACAGGGAGAGCGUUAACCUCGCUCAGAUUCGAACUUUUACUGAGAUGGACUCGCAUGAAGAGAAGGUCUUUAUGGCUGUUAGAAAGUCACAAGAAGAUGAGACAAAGGCAGCAAUGAAGAGGAAAGCCAAGGAGCUCCAACAGAUGAGGAGAGAUCAACAUAGAGGAGGAAGGAUGGGGGGAAUGGGAUCAUAUGGAGGAGGGAUGAGCUCCAUGAAGAUGGGAGGGGAGAUUGCACAAACUCUUCCACCAGAACCUGUCAAGUCAAAAGUGAUUCCAUCCAGAACUACGGGCAAGGCAAUGAAACUUGGAGCAAAAUCGAAAGACGUGGACAACUUUGUUGACAAACUCAUCUCUGAAGGUGAAACUGUUAGAUCGGGUUCAGCCAAGUCUAAGAAAUCUGAUGUCGCAAAAACUGUGGUGCCUUCUGCAUUGACUGAGAGUGUCCAUAUUCGACUUGAGGAGAAACUGUCAAUCACAGCAGGCAGGGAUGGAGAUUUGGAACAAAUGACAUUACUUGGAAUUUGUAUGUUACGUGUGUCAGAUGAUCAGUUUGGAUGCAUUAAGGUGCAAAUGGCCAACGCCCUUGAUAAAGGAUGCACAAUACAGACCCCACCAACAGUUGAUAAAAAAGCAUUCCUGGCAAACUCCAUGAUUGGUUUAAAGAGUGCAGACAAACCCUUCCCUACUAAGCAAGAUGUUGGAAUUCUUAAAUGGCGUUUGCAAAGCAGUGACGAAAGUCUCAUACCACUUACAAUCAACUGUUGGCCCAAUGAUAAUGGUAGUGGUGGUUGUGAUGUGAACAUUGAAUAUGAGCUACAACAAGAUGAACUUGAGCUUGUUGACGUUGCAAUAUCCAUCCCUGUGCCUUCGGGUGUGGGGGCUCCUAAUGUAUCGGAGGUGGAUGGAGACUUUAAACAUGAUUCGAGGAAGAAUAUUCUGGAAUGGUGUCUUCCAGUAAUUAACUCAAGCAACACAACUGGUUCAAUGGAGUUUAGCAUCCCCGGUUCUCCAGAUGAUUUUUUCCCAAUCAAUGUUUCAUUCCAUGCAACUAAGAGGUUGUUUACAGGCAUCGAGGUUGGCCAUGUAGAGUUUGCACAAGGUGGCUCCCCUGUUAAGUUCUCGACAGAAACAGCACUCCUGGUGGACAAAUAUGAGAUCGUUUAAUUUAUUUCAAUGUAGAUUAUGAAGGUAUAAGAAAAAUGACCCCUGCAUUUUUACGGUUGUAGAUAACAUAGAUGCCAUUGAUUAACAAACUAUGUAUAUUAUAUGAUGUCCUAUUUCUGUCUCCCUAUCUAUAUACCACAUGCUAUGUUAUGUGGUAAAGUUAUAAUACAUGCUUUUGGUUAUGGUAAUUAACACACAAGCCUGUAUGUGAAUUCUUGGCUAUAUUGGAGUGUAAAGUAUUGGAAAUUGUGCAAUGUAUUUUCAUGGUAUACCUAUGUCCGCGCUUAUGGAUAGAGUGCCGAUAUUAUAAAGUGCGAUUUGUAAUGGAGGAAUAAAUAUUAAAAAGCGUUACAUACAUACAUACAUACAUACAUACAGUAGGCUGUAAAAACAUACUGGUGAUUGGGUCAGAGUUAGGCCGUUCCUUUGGUCAAUUUUUGAAAGUUUAUGCCAAAAUAAAUGAACCGUCAAUUUAA